UCACUCUCUCUACCGUCAAAAUCAUCAAAUUCAGGUUAUUACAAUUUCAGGUUCAUCGAAUUACAUGACUAUGUCUCUGCUGCUACACAAAUGUUAUCCCCGAUUUAUCACAAAUCGGUGGCUCACUACAGGAGCUGAACCGAUUCGUUCAGAAUUUGCUGGACCUAAUGCUUACGAGCUUCUAGGUGUAUCAGAAACAAGCUCCUUUGAUGAAAUAAAAAAUUCUUUUCGUAAAUUGGCUAAGGAGACUCAUCCUGACCUUGCUCAUUCCACGCACAAUUCCUCUACUUCCAAGCGAUUCGUUGAAAUACUUGCUGCUUAUGAGAUUCUAUCCGAUUCUGAGAGGAGAGCGCAUUAUGAUGAGUAUCUCUCAUUUCGGAAAGCACUUGUUCAUAUGCAUUCUAGACAAGGUUCUAAAAUGUGCAUGUAUGAAGCAUAUAGCACGGCAAUCAAGGAGAUGGAAGUUGUUGAAUGGUUGAGGUGGUAUAGACAAACAAUAAACGACAUAUUGGCUGAAAAAAGGGUAGUAUCUGGAUCAGGCUAUUUGGAUGCACUGGAAAGAGAUUUCUAUUCAGCAUUACAUUUAGCAUUCUAUGGCCCUGAGAUUGAGUCAGAUCUCCUUCCUGAGUUUUUUGAAGCUGAGGAGCGAUCAGUAUACGAAACAGCUGAGGUUCUGCACCUGGUUUCUGGGCGAGAUCUUUUUGGGAUGGUCUGUUUAGCAAAAAAUGUCCCUGAACUGUCACAUGCUUCUAUGGAGAGACUGGCAUCCUUAGAAGCAGACUUGUGUCAUUCCCUUGAAAAUAUCCCCAUUAAAAUGCAUUCGGAGACGGCUGCUGCUGUUUCUGAUCAAAAGCAAUUGAGAAGUUCCAAUUACCAUACAUCAGAUGCAUACAGAGACUUAGAAUUGCAUGUUGGAGGGAGGCUUGUUGCUAUGGCAACAAGAGUUCCACCUAGGAGUAGAUAUAAUGGGAUACAGAAUGAAGGUUUUGAUGACUGCAUUCAUGUUUACCUCAGUUCACAUGAAGUCCAAAGAUUUCCCAAAAGUAACUUAAUGGACUUCGGAUUGAAGUCUGCCAUUCCACUGGGAAUGAUAACAGGGUUGGGGACCAGUCCUGAAGAAGGUUCUUGCGAUGUUUACGACAACAAUGGUGUGAAAACCCAUGAGAUUAUGAAGCAUCGAACAUUGCUGGUAAGACACAUGCACUGGUAUCAAUUAGGAGAUGAAGUAUUAACCUGUGAGUGCAGAUGCAGCAAAGCUAAGCUACCUCCGAGCAAAUUCUGGCUAUUUGAACCUCGGUGUGGCAUGCAUGACAUUGGAGGUUGGUAUGUGGAGACAUUUGGCAGAGAUAAGAAAGGCCGAAAUGUGCCAUCUCAGAGGUAUUGGGAUGGCUUGGAGGCAAAUGAUCACUUUGAGAAGAGAUUACAUCCAGCAAUGUACUUGCUUGCUCUUGCCUACAGGACUCUAGAUAUUGAACAUUCAAGGAGAAAUAAACAAAGAAUGAAGGAUCUUAUGGAGUUGAACUUAUCUAGAAUUUUCAGCUGGUGCAAGAGACUAGUACGCUAAGGCCUAGUGACAUUCAGCUCUAUCAUAAUAUCCUUGUUCAGCCUCGGAAGUUAUUAGGAAACUGUACUUUUUUUGAUAAAGGUAACAAAUCUAUAUUCCAUUAGCACAAAGGCAGUGUUAAAAGCCAUCUUUACAAUUCUCAAAAAGAGCU